AUGUCCCAGGGGGAAAAGCCACUCCCAGCCUCGAUCAACGGCGAGCCUCGAAAGAGUGGCAGCGAACAGCAGCCAAGCGAGUUCAAUACGAGAUCGGUCCUGACGCUCAUCGGUUCUGCAUUGUCGACCUUCUGCACCGUUGGCUUCCUGAACGCAUUCGGAGUCUUCAUUGAAUACUAUCAAAGACAUCUGCUGACCGACAAAUCGUCGUUCGACUUGUCAUGGAUUGGAUCAUUCUCGACCUUUGUGUUCUUUCUUGCUGCUGCUCCGGUAGGUCUACUUGUUGAUCGUAUCGGACCUACGAUCCUUCUCGUCGUUGGUGGCGCAGUCACCCUCCUUUCCAUGUUCAUGAUCUCUCUUUGUCGAGAGUACUACCAGUUCUUUCUGGCACAAGGCUUCCUCCUCGGUGUGGGUCAGGCGUUCCUGGCGUGUCCAGUGUUUGCCAUGACGAGCCGGCAUUUCAACAAGCACCGCGGCUUAGCAACAGGCUUCACCAUCGCCGGCUCCUCUCUUGGUGGAGUCGUGUGGCCGAUCAUGGUGAAUCAGCUUCUCAACAAGGAGGGCAUCAGUUUUGGCUGGACAAUCCGCAUCGUUGCGUUUACCAUGCUUCCACUCGUGGUCAUCACAUGUGCGACCGUGCGUCCUCCUGCCCCAGACAAGGCCGGCGAGGGAGAGGCUGCCACUACGUCUCCAACAGACAGACCCAAGAAGAAGACAGAUCUGUCUAUCGUCAAGAACCGGGUAUUUCAAACCUUCUGUGCCGGGAUAGGACUAUUCUAUCUGGGCAUGUUCUCGCCCUUCUUCUUUACCACCUCGUACGCUGUCGGCAUCGGCUUCUCGACCAGUUUCGCUUUCUACCUGGUUUCCAUCCUGAACGCCGCGUCUCUUUUCGGCAGGAUCUCUGCGGGGUGGCUUGCAGAUCGGUAUGGGCAUUUCAAUUUGUGCGCGAUAAGUGCCCUUCUAUCGGCGGCUGUUGCCUUCUGCUGGACAACAGCUACCAGUUCCGCGGGAAUUGUGUUGUGGGCUCUGGCUUAUGGGUUCUGCUCAGGCUCGAUCUUGGCUCUACAAGUGUCGUGUGGGACGAAGUUGGCAACGCCCGAGACCUAUGGUACCGCGGUCGGCAUGAUCAUGGGAAUUGUGUCCUUGACCGGCCUGUUCGGGUCUCCCAUCAGUGGUGAGCUGAUAAAGUACGGCUACCUCGCUCUUUCGAUGUAUGUGGGUGCAGUGACUGUGGUGGGAGGCGCGUUGAUCUGCCUUGCCCGGUUCCAGCUUUCGCCGAAGUUGUUGGAUAUUGCCUAA